AUGGCCACUGCAACGGCGGCGAGACGCCCUGGCCAGCACCCGGGAGAUGCCAAGGAUUUGCACACUUUGCAGUUCGCGUUGACGAGCGUGGCCACUGCCUCUCCAGCCGGUUGCACUCGGGCCGUCACAAUCCAACUCGCCCAGUCGGAGCACGACCGUCUCCGUUCCUCCACCGGUAGCACGGCCCACAGCUUGUGCUUCUUCGUGCUGGACCCGGACCGUCACCCGUCAAUCUCUGUCAUGGCGUCACCGCACUCGACACCCUACGCAGCGAUGGACACGCUGGAAACCGGGGGCAAGCCUGAGCCGUCCUACCAGCACAUUUCCAAUCCGUGCGUUCUUAGUUGGAACAACCUCGGCUACUCCGUGGCGAUUCGCAAGACGGCCGACGCCCCCCAUGGAAAGAAAACCAUCUUGGACAAUGUCAGUGGCCGAUGCGCACCCGGAGAACUCACGGCCAUCAUGGGCCCGUCCGGAUCAGGCAAAACUACACUGGUGGACUUACUGGCCGACCGUAUUAGCUCCGGAGAAGUAACAGGCGACAUUGAGCUCAACGGCGAGGCCCGCGUGGCCAAGACGUUCCGGGCAGUGACCAGCUACGUGGCCCAGGAGGACUCGCUGCUCGGCUCCUUCACCGUGCUGGAAACCAUGCGCAUGGCCGCCAAGCUCAGUCUUCCGAACAGCGUCACGUCCAAGCAGAUCGAGGCACGCGUGGACGACGUGGUGGAGGCCAUGGGUCUGGCCACGUGCCGUCACACCCUGGUAGGCGACAUCUUCCGAAAGGGUCUUUCGGGCGGCCAGAAGCGCCGCCUCAGUAUUGCCAUCGAGUUGCUGUCGAACCCGAGCCUCUUGAUCCUGGACGAGCCCACAAGUGGCCUGGAUUCGAGUGCCACGCACAACGUCAUGAAGUUCAUCGUGAAGCUGUGUGCCGAGGGUAAAACCAUUGUAUGUACGAUCCACCAGCCAUCAUCGCUGGUGUACGACAUGUUUACGAACGUGGUGGUGCUGUCGGCUGGCCAGACUGUGUACUGCGGUCCUCGUCGUCUGAUGAUCCCGCACUUUGCGUCGGCCGGCCACGACUGCCCCACGUACAUGAACCCGGCCGAGUACUUUAUCAGUCUAGUGAACACGGACUUCGAGGACCACGCGAAUGUGUCCAAACUGAUGCAGUCUUACGCUCAGAGUGAGAUCCGCAAGGAGCUGAGCGACCGCAUCGAAAGUGACCGCAACACGUUACAGCAUCUGCCGGACAUCGAGCAGCCGUCGCCGUCCGCGAUGCGUCAGUUCAGCGUUCUCAUGUACCGCAACACGCUCAACAAUAUCCGCAACCCCGGAAUCUACUGGAUCCGGUUGUUCAUGUACUUCUGCUUGAGCUUCAUGGUCGGCACCAUGUACUUGAGUACGAACGACGACUUGACCGAGGAGGAUCUGGUGCCACUGCUGUUCUACGUCCAGGCGUUCCUGGUGUUUAUGUCUGUGGGCCGUCCCUACCGGUUCUUUCAUCGAGCAACGGUGCAGUGGAUCCGCUCCUUGAACCGUGCCCAACCAGUUCCGUUGAAGUGUGGGGGAGCCUACGUGUGCGCCCAACCUUUCUUGGCUAACAACUAA